GGGGCUGGGCGCUGGUGGAGGACGGGUCAGGGCAGAGUGGCAGAGCACUGAGGUCUGCAGGGCCUGGCGUGGUGUGAGACGGCCUCCUGCCUCGCCAGGGUAAGUUUAGGUUGGAUAUCAGGAAACACUUCCUUACAGAAAGGGUUGUUAAGCAGUGGAAUAGGCUGCCCAGGGAGGUGGUUGAGUCACCAUCCCUGGAUGUGUUUAAAAACCGUUUGGAUGUGAUGCUUGGGGACAUGAUUUAGCGGAGGGUUGUUAGAGUCAGGGUAGUAUGGUUAGGUUGUGGUUGGACUUGAUGAUCUUUGAGGUCUUUUCCAACCUGAGUGAUUCUAUGAUUCUGGAUGGGGCACUGGAACCUUCGCUCCUUGAACCACAUUUAACACUCCGGAGCACUUGUGUUCCUUACGCUUGUUGCUGCCUUACAUUGCGGAGUGAAACGCCUUGCUUAUUGAACUGCAAGCUGAAUGUAACGUAUCAUGUUGUUAAUGCCUCGGUGUGUUUUAAUUAGAGCUGGAGGAAGAUGUUAAAAAACAGGUUUAUACAUAUGCCUGACUGGUUGCUGAAACAAAUAGGCCUGUCACACCAUCUGGAGGGAGUCGUGUGUUAUUUAGCUAUUCUACUGUCCAGGCCUCUUUCACUUCUUUCUUUUUCUUUCUUUUCCUUUCCCUUUUCUUAUCCCCUACAAACGCCGCCCAAGCGUGCUACGCGGAGCCGCCGCACCUGCUGGAAGCUGCUGCUGGGCUGAGCGUGCCCACAGGCUGGGAGUUCUGGUCGCAGUUAGUCGGCGUUGUGCCACAGAGCCGGCGGGCAGCUGCCAUUUUGUGGUGCGGGGCCUGGGGCUGGCACCAGCAGGCCUGUGUGGGGCCAGCCUGCGAGCCGUGCCGCGUGAGCACAGUGCUUCGCCUAGGUGAGGUGCGUGAUGCGCUCUAGGAGUCUGAGAGGAAAGGUUUGUGUUUGUUUGCUUUGUCGUUAACGUGAAGACGUUGCCGUCAGAUUGACACAGCUGUUAGGUUGACAGAGGGAUGUGGGUGUUGGUGAGCGCUUGAAAACUGUAACUGUACACAGAGCUUUCCUUCCUGCCGCUUUGAAAGCGCGACUGUUUUGAGCAAGCCAGGCACUUUUUAAGUAACGCUUGCUUUAAGGAGUAUUAAAAUAUCGAGGAAAUUAUUAUUUGCACCUGAUAUUUAAAUCUUCUCAUGUAUCGUGUACGGCGGAAUAAAUGGGCUGGGUUUUCUUUCUACGGCUGCACAGAAGACCCUGGGUUUUGGGUUGCUGUGUACAGAAUGUAUAGGAGAAGUGUGUGCUCCGACAGGGGAGGAAAGAAAUGUCCCUAUACUUGUGGUUUUUAAUUCUCUCCAUUGUUCUGCUUUUAACUGCUUGCAUUUCUUUAAUACUCUUUGUGUGCUGAUUUACAGGCUUUGGUAUCGGAGCAGCUAUAGCGGAGCCGUGGUUAAAGUAGUGGCAUGUUCCAAGCGGGUUUGGGCUCGAGUGGAGAAAGGCUCGUGCAGCUAAAACGUGCCAUAUGGGCAUGGAAACGCAGGAGCAAGCGGUCAGUGCGGUGGUGGUAGGGUGAGAGGGACCUCUGCAGAAGGGCGUGGGGUGAUCCCUCGCUUCUGUUAGCAAGGCAGGAGCGUGCUGCAGAGGAAGGAGAGCGGCACAGUUGUGCUCCUGUGCCUCCCCUGAUGCAAAUAGGCUCUUUGUGCUGCAGCUAAUGGACUGAAAUGAAGCAGUGAUAACAGGUGAUGAUUCGCGGUGAAAGGUAAACCUUGUUAAGCGUUGUUUGAUAGGGAGGAGAAGAAAUGCUCGUUUCUAGUGCGGAAAAUAGUUCUGUGUGUUUUCCAAGGCCGCCGACUGGUGAUGUGACAGGGGAAGGAUGGCUGCUCAUCAGCACUGCUGCGCUGCGAUAGCCCUAACCUUGUUUGGGGGACUUCCAGCAACUCUUCCGCGUCGGCUUAAUUCAGGAGCGGUUGUGUUCCUUUGAAAGAAUCAAAUUGACUGUCAUUUAAGCGACUGAAAGGCAGAUACUUAAACCCGAUAAUGAAGUUGCAGUCUUCCUUAUGUUAACAACAUAAUCAAUUGCAGCGUAGCAUGAAAUGAGCAAUCUUAAGAAGUAAGUGAAGCAUUUUGCCAGGCGAAUUUGGACUCGCAGUUCUGUAACAGAAUGUGCUGAGAGCGAGGGAGGAACUGAAGGGCUGAUGUUAAUACAAGGUGCUUAUUUAUGAGCAACAGUGUUGUAAUGGCCAUUGGCAUAGAUAGGAAGGGAAAUUCGCUCCUGCUUAAUGGUAUUGAUUCUUCGAUGGAAAUUAUUUUUGCACAAUGCUUCGUCCCUGUUGCAGAAAUGAAUUUUCUGUGCUUUAUUAUAUAGAGUACACGUAGUUUACUUGCAGCGGGAGCUGAAAGAGAUGUAGGCAGUGGCUGGCAAGUUGCAUCCGUGUACGCUGUUGUGGUUUAGAUGGAGACCUGGCCUGUGCUGACCAGACAGCUAUACGGAGGUGAAAUAACUGGAAUAGCUGCUGUCAAAUGUGAAGCCUCUGGCCUGAGCUCAACAAAAGGCAAAUAAGAGUUGAAAAUUAGUUGAUGUACCAGUACUUAGUGUAUUCUCUGUCAUCUUUUGCUUAAAACUGACUACAUAUGAUUCUUUGCAAGAUACAACACGGUGUUUUCAUUUUCCAUCCUCUACAAAUGUCAGGCAAUUUCACAAGGUGAGAUGUAAGUUAUCAGAAAGCUCCUGACAGUCGCCUCGGUAUCAGUCAAGAGUCCGUGACUCCCAUUACAGGGAUUAAUUUGGCUUAAGUGCUGUCUUGGAUCCUUUGUCUGGUGUCUUCUCUUUGCUUGCUCUAGGUAUUCGUAAGCUUCUCUAUGCAAGCAGGAGUGUGUGCGAGCUCUGGCUGACAUCUAAUAGCUCUUACAGGUGCUGUUUCAUUCUGUUUUUAAGAUUAUUGACGUGAAUUUGUUCUUUGUGCUUAACUUUGGUAUUUCAGAUAGUCCACUUGAGGUAUGAAUGGGUUAAGUGUUGAAAAAAGCUCUAAAGUAAAUUAAAAAAAGGGGGGUGGGGGGAGGCCUCAAACACACAUAGCAGCUCAGAUGUGAUUUAUAGUUCCUGCUUAUCUCUUCUAGCCAUGUCUUUGAUGCCUUUGUACUCCCCUGUUGGCUGCCCCCUCUUGUCUUUUCCUUGACUUCCCUAACUUCUUUCUUGUUGCAGAACACAGGCGUUUCUCGUGAGUGUCUCGCAGUGUUCUCGGGACCCUAUAAAUCAGCUAGGUCACAUUACACUUGUCUCCUGUACCAAAUUCCAGACAGAACGGACUUCCAGAUUCUUUGUAGUCAGCCUGAAAAUAUUUUUGGCAAACCCUUGGGGAUUUUUGUAUUUUUUUUAUGGAAAGAUCUGCGUGGAUUUGAUAGGUCUGGUAGGAGAUGGUGUUUCCCAUCAUCAGUUUUUACGGGAGGUAAUACUCUGUGUAGCUGGUGCAUUUGUGAGCGUUCACAUGAGCUUAGAGAAAGGUAUCACCCACUGACUAAUCGAGCCUUAGCGUUUGCAGAAAAUAAAUCAUUCACGUUAUAACGUGUGAUUUUCUGUUUUAUUUGUUUGGGGGUUUUUUAAUUAUUUUUUUAUUUUUUUCAGUGAGUGCUUGCGUUAAUUAGUAUUUUGUUCAUGUAUUUCACGCACACUCCUGUGCUUUUAUGCCUGUUCAUCUGUACGCUUGGCUUGGUUAAGCAAGUUGAAUCUGUGUGUUCGAUUGAAAACGUACAGUGGCUCCAUUUACUUUGUGCAGAUAUUAAGCAUGCUUCAAAAGGGGAAAAAAUAGCCAUGUAUACAGCGAGAAGAACUGCUGGAAAAACAAGAUAGUGGCAAAGCGUUGACUUAGUUGAGUGACUUCCAGAAUGCUUCCAAAAGUGACUUCAGGUGCUCUUGUUCUCAGAGCCUUUCCCAGCAAUUUUCUAUGUCCUGUUUUUGUUCUUUUUUUGGUCAGAAUGCUCUUCUGUUUCCUCCUUGACAUCACUUUAUGGAGCUUAUAUUAAGUUCGUUCCAGGAAAGCAACCAGCUUUCCUAACAAUCUGAGCCACUGCUGUAAUGCUUUGUAAUGAUCAAACCGGUCGUGCACGUUUGAUUUUGAAGAAAUAGUGUUAGUGGCAGCCCUCGUGUGGGAAGCUGAGCCCACUUUGCUCCCUGACCUGGCUUCUCUGGAUCUUUUGGAGGUUUUACGCCACAUCAGGCUGCUCUGUAGCACCUCUUCAUAGUCUUAUGGGCAUCUGGAGGUGUAGUUGGCCGGACUAUAGUUGUGUGAUGGUAAUUCUCAGAGAAGAGCUCAGCUCCUGCAUUUACUUCCUCUGUGGAGCUGUGCAGGACUUGAUGGGAUUCUAACAGUAAAAACUGAUUCCUGUGCUUCAGGUAAACAGGAGUGAAAACUCGGUGCACAAUCUUCUUAUUGGAAGUUGCAUUUUCUUUCUGCCUUUGGGUCAUUGGUGCAGGGCCUUCUUGGUUUGUGGGUUCCUGCGGCCCAGAAGCACUGAGUGCUGUGGAUCUGGCAAAGCCUCUCACCAAACAGCAUCAAAAGCCUCGCUUCCUCACAGUUGAUGGCUUUACAAAACAGGAAUCUUUGCUUAAAAACAAAACCAAAACAACAGCAAAAAGCAUUAUGAAGAUCUCUGUUUGAGCCAAUUUUAUGAAAGGUCACACUUUCCCUUUUGUCAGCCAGCUCUCUUGGCAGCAGGUGGUCUGAAGGAAUAGGCUGCGUUACACUUGGUCUCAAACCCCCCAGUAUACCUGGAGCUUUUGAGCAGAGAUAGAUUCAGUGUUCUCUGAGGAGUUCCGCUAACAAAUUCAUCAGACAAAUGUCUUGCUGAUUGCUGGCUUCGUUUUGGCGCUGACAUUAAUGCCUGCUGCCUCCACCGAGGCCACAUUUUCUCUGCUUUUUUCUCAGAACUUCUCAUUUGUUUUGUCUGACUGAGCUUUGGAACGAGAUUUGUGAGCUGACGCAGGUUUCUCUUUCAUAGCAAUUAAAAAAUAAAUAACUCCCCCCCCCCCCCCUUUCUGAUGAUUUAAGAUCAUCUGCAGGGAGGAAUUCAUUUUUGGUUGCUGCUGUGGAAUUUGUAGCCACAAAGGAUGAAGUUGAUUAAGGCUCAUUUGGCGUGCUUUCUGGUCUGCUGCUUCGGUAAUUAUGCCGUGAUUGUGCUCCAGCCCUUGUCUGCACGAUCCCAGUGCGAGGUGUGGGCACUUGAUUUAGUUUCAUUGCAGGGGGAGGUGGUGGUCUGAGUGCCCGUGUGAUGCCUACGAGGUCUCACAGAUAACCAACAUCACAAGUAUGAUGAGGGGUGUUGGUCUGGAGCCAGGGAUCGGCCUUGAAGGCUCUGAAGUCUACAGUUUGGUCUUAAUGCAAUCCUAAGUUUAGAUCCACCCCUUGGUCGUUUCUAUUGCCCGUGUUUGGAGGAUCCAAGAAGCAGCAAUGACAGUGCUUUCAGCGUUUGUGGCUCUUGUGUUUGUUGCAGGGUCAUGAGACUUUCUGUGGAGUGUAUGAGAACAACGUGGCUCUGCCAUCAAAAACAUGACAUCUGUUACCAUGUUUUCGAAGUUCUCACACUUGCGUUAAUAUCCUGCCAGCGUAUCAAGAGUAUAAAUGACUUUAUGUGCGCAUUAAGGAGCUUGUGAUGUCAUCAGAUGAAGCGAAAACCUCUACCUCAUGACCUGGCAUUGUGGAAGUUCUGGUCUGCGUGACACUCGGUGCUUUUCUUAGCCUCUGCAUGGGAACUACUGGGAAGUUUGAAGUGUAAAAGUGAAUUCUCGAAUCCAGACCAAAAGUUCUACAGGCAAAUUUGCAAAAAGCCUGAGUGAAGAUAAAGGAAUUGGAAAGAGGCUGUUUUUAGCUGCUCUCUGUGCGGCAUUUCCAUCAUGUUCCUAAUGACAGCUCAUCUUUUCUCAUCUCUUUUUCCUUUAUAAGUAGCAUCUACUUGAGGCAGUUUUCUGAAUGUCUUUUUUGAACUGUUCUGUGGAAAAAAUAUUAUCCAUUAUGAAAAAGAAUAAUUUUUCAUUUUGUGUGUUAAGAAAUAAAUGAGUUCUGGUUUUGGGUUGCCGUGUCGUUCAUUGUAACUGGUAUUCUGAGCCUAGAAAAGGGCAUUGAUAUUCUCAUGAAUUUAUUUCUCACCUUCAUAUCUGAUCUUUCCCUGGUGUCUCCCUUAUUCUAGACCUUAUCGCUGUAGUUUUUGAGGGUGAAAUUAGUAAAGGGGCAAAAUUGAACCACGUGUGAAUCUCCACCCUCCCAGAUGGGCUGGGGAUGGAUGGUGCCCAUUCCUCCGAGCCAUCUUUCAGCCUGGGCUCUCCCAUUCCCCACAGAGGUGGCAGUAGCACAGCAAUGCUGCUUCCCACGCCAGGUGUGCACCUAUGGAGAGUGCAUAGCAUGCUGUUCACCCUAAUGGCCUGUCUUCUGGGCACAGUGCUCUGUGAUUUGUUGUAGCUCAGUGGGUUCUUAUUCAUGGUUGUUGCAGUUAAUACUGCUGCAGAAAUCAGGCUGCAAUCCAGCAUUAUUACUGCGCGGGGCUCUUACCCUGGGUAACUGCUGCUGUCUGCUGUGAUGGAGGUGUAAAUCUCCCGCCUGAGCUGCUAUAAAUCCAUGGCUGAAAUGCAACUUCUGUAAAUGUGGUGUUUUUCUCACUGUGGAGUGGUUAGCAGAGGUGUACGGAGGUGGUUUUUUUUUAUGCUUGCUGUUUCUGUGCGCUGUCCCCAUAGUAGCCAUCUCCUCUCUGCCCUGCCCAGUGCCCGGGUAUCCCUGCCGUGCUGUGCUCUGACCUUGCAUUUAACCCUGCUAACCGAGCGCUGUGCUCCUCAGCUGCUGUCUUGAACGUGGAGCAAAGAGGUUUUAUUGCUGCAUGUUUAUGUAGGCUAUAAAAGACGAGAGUCGCCUGCCAUAAGCUUUCAGCACCUUUUAACAGCUGCUCAAAAAUUCAUCCCAACAUAAAAACGGAGCGAGCAGCGAGUGCUAAGGAAUGGCAAUGAGCAGCGCUGCUCUGCACACCUACAUGUGGCGUCUCAGCAUCUCCUAAGGCCCUGCAGCGUGCCUGAGGGUGCGGGCACAGGGCUGCACGGAGCUGCAGCCGCCAGCAAAGGAGGCACAGGGGCAGGCGGGGCCUGCUCCUUCCCAGCAGGGCCCUGUGCUCCGAGCUCGGGCUGCGGCACAGCCUAGCUCUGUGGGGGAGAAGCUCUCACCAAUGGCAGCGCCAUUUUAGCUGCUCUUGGUUGAGGCCCACACCUUUUUGAACUGCGGGAGCUGACAAGAUGAGAGCAGUCAUCUUCUCCUUCCCUCACUACCUAGUGCUUAGCUCCCUAAACAUGUACAAAAAAGAGAUCUUCUGGCCCGAGGCCUUUCUGCCUGGCAGACAGAUUUUUCCCAGGAGAUGUGUGGCUGCCGGGCUCUGCUCUUGGCUUCUGGUGAGGUGGCCCCCACACUGCUUGAGCCCUCAGCGAGGCUGAUUAUAUGAAGUAAGUUAUCUGGUGGGAGCUUAUAGGUAAGCUAUUAAGGGAUACCUUGUCCUGUUAAUCACUGUCCCCUUCAGGCUAAAUACCCAACUCUGGCUUUCUGUGUAUGCUGAGCUGAAAAAUACACACCUCGCUUCCCUUUUCAGCUUCCAGUGGUGUGGGCAGUGUCUUUCUAUGAAAGGUAGAUAAAAGGAGAAUUUGAAACUUUGAUUACUGAAUCUAAACGCACUGAUCAAACUCACACUUAAGUAUAGAGGCUGCUGAAAAUUUCCACUAAAUUAAGCAAUUCAGCUGCAAACGGUUCACUUGCAAUCCCUUCAAAGCCUUUGGAUAGGCUUCUCUUAUCCGGAAAUCCUGUUUAUCCCCUGGUCUUGGGAUAAUCUCAAGACCCAUUGUACAGUAACUAAUGUGGAGGGUUUAUCAGAUGGGCAAUUUAGCUGUGCUUUUUCUCUCUUUUCUCUCCUUCCCUCCUUCUCUCUUUUUUUUCCCCUAUUUUUUUCCCUAUCCUUUUUCCUUAAAAGAAAAAAAAAAAGCAGCAUGUGAUUUUGUUUUAUUUAAGAAAUGGAGCUGUUGAGCUUCAGGUGCUGUCAGGCUGGCAGCUCUGGUACCACAGGUAUUUCAGAUCAUCUACUCAGAAUUCUGUCCUGAAGUCUGUAACUUGCUUAUGCUUGUCUUGAGCUUUGAAAAAAAAACAACAAAGCACUUUCUGUUGUUGUUGAUUCUUUUUUAUCUAAUGGUUUGCACGUUCAAGCCAUUAAAAAGAUAAGGAUGAUUUCCAUUUACCAUUAUUCAUGCAAACUGCUAUUAGUCUGUGUUUAACAGAUGUAAUGUGGAGUGUUACUGGAUGGCAGGACCAAUGGGAAUGUACACACAGUUGUGCUGGCACUUGUUUGGAAUGCCUAGCUGGUCCCUACUGUGAUCCUUCCUUUAUUAAGUAAUUAUUCAGAAUUUUCACCUUCUCCACUCUCCAUACAUGUUGUAUGUCUAAAAAACAACUCCAAAAAGCCUGAUAUCCUCUGGUGUGGAGCCCUGAUGCGUCAGGAUGAAACGCCACAGGCAUCUGAGCACCAGUGACAGUUCAGACAAUGAGAGUCCUUCCACUUCCUUUUCUUCUUGUGCUAAAUACAGGAGCAAGUCAAAAACACCAGCAAAUGAACAAAAGAAACCUGCUGAGGUGUUCCGCAAGGAUCUCAUUAGUGCCAUGAAACUACCGGAUUCUCACCAUGUUAACCCCGAUGAAUAUUAUGUCUUUGCGGACACGUGGAAACAGGAAUGGGAGAAAGGAGUCCAAGUUCCAGCCAGUCCAGAAACGAUUCCGCAGCCAUCUCUCAGGGUUGUCGCAGAAAAGGUGAAAGAAGUACUGUAUACACGACCCAGGAAAUAUAUCCACUGUUCCAGCCAAGAGCCUACAGAACCAGGUUACAUCAACAUUUUGGAAUUGGCAGAAUCUGUGUGUCGCUAUGACUUGGAUGAUAUGGACAUAUUUUGGCUCCAGGAACUAAAUGAAGAGCUUACUGAAAUGGGAUGCGGGCCCCUGGAUGAAAACACAAUGGAAAAAACUAUUGAAGUGCUGGAGCGACACUGUCAUGAGAAUAUGAAUCAUGCUAUUGAGACCGAAGAAGGUCUGGGUAUAGAGUAUGAUGAAGAUGUCAUCUGUGAUGUGUGCCGGUCUCCUGACAGUGAAGAUGGGAACGAUAUGGUGUUCUGUGACAAGUGUAAUAUCUGUGUCCAUCAGGCAUGCUAUGGAAUCUUGAAAGUCCCCGAAGGGAGCUGGCUGUGCCGCACCUGUGUUCUGGGGAUACAUCCUCAGUGCCUCCUGUGUCCGAAACGAGGAGGUGCCAUGAAAGCCACCAGGACAGGGACCAAGUGGGCACAUGUGAGCUGUGCUCUCUGGAUUCCAGAGGUUAGUAUUGCUUGCCCAGAAAGGAUGGAGCCAAUCACGAAGGUUUCUCACAUUCCACCAAGUCGAUGGGCUUUAGUGUGUAGUUUAUGCAAACUGAAAACCGGUGCUUGCAUUCAGUGUUCGGUGAAAAGCUGCAUCACUGCCUUUCACGUCACCUGUGCCUUUGAGCAUAGCUUAGAGAUGAAGACUAUCCUGGAUGAUGGGGAUGAGGUCAAAUUCAAGUCAUACUGUCUAAAGCACAGCAAGAACAAACAGAAUUCCCUGCCUGAUGUUGAUGAACACCCCAAAAGCAUAUCAGAUCAGAAGCAAACUGAGAGUGAGAAAACCAGUUUGCGAGCCCAGAAACUCCGAGAGCUGGAAGAAGAGUUUUACUCACUGGUUAAAGUGGAGGAUGUUGCAGCAGAACUGGGCCUCCCUAAACUUGCUGUAGACUUCAUCUACAAUUACUGGAAACUAAAGCGGAAAAGUAACUUUAACAAACCUUUGUUUCCUCCCAAGGAGGAUGAAGAAAAUGGCUUGGUGCAGCCAAAAGAAGAUAGCAUUCAUACUCGCAUGAGGAUGUUCAUGCAUUUGAGGCAGGACCUAGAGAGGGUAAGGAAUCUCUGCUACAUGGUAAGCAGGAGAGAGAAACUGAAGCUGUCUCACAGUAAAGUACAUGAACAGGUCUUCAAUUUGCAAGUUCAGCUCAUUAAUCAGGAAAUUGCUGCAGGCCAUACCCUGCCAAGUGCACUAGAGAACACACUGUUCUACCCACCUCCCAGGAUCACCCUGAAGUUAAAAAUGCCCAAAUCAGCACUAGGAGAUUGCAAAAAUAACUCACUGAAGCCUGGCAACAGACCGCUCUCUCCUGACAACAACAGCACUGUUUACAGCAAAAGGAGCGUGCCGAUGUCAAAGGAGCCAUUUGAAAUCAAAGCCAAAUCUUACUCCAGGUAUCAACACGACACCAGAAGUAAUGGGUUGCUUGUGACAGGAGGGAUCGGCAAGCCUCGUGGCGAGGCAAAGGACUCCGGUCUUGUGCAGGUGCCGGAGUUCCACCGGGGCCAGCCAUCAGGGAAGCCCCUGGCACUGCAGGCUGCUCUGCACGGACAGUCCUCCAUUGGGAAUGGGCGGCUGCAGCAGGAUGGCUCACGGCUGGUGGCCAAGUCCAAUGGGCUGAUGGGCAGGACUGGUGAUGUGAGCCAGAGGGACAGCUCCAGCCAGACGCCCUUUGAACAGGAGUCUGUGCUGACGGCUCAUUUGGCCAGCCAGAGUGGUUUUAGAAAAUCCACCAUUGAGCACUUCAGCCGGUCCUUUAAGGAGGCCACCAACAGUCUGGUGAGGACAACGGAAGAUUUGAGGUGCUGUGAGAAGCCAACGAGAAGGCUUGCAGCAAAAGAACGCUUGUGGAGCAAGCAGACGCUUGAAGGGGCUCCGUACCAGGACAAUGACGGGUACUGUCCCGACUUGGAGCUGAGUGACUCUGAAGCAGAAAGUGAUGAAAAUAAAGAGCAAAUGAGGUUAAGACGAAGUAGCUCGGAGAGAGAAAGUCCGAGUAAGGACUUUGGAAGAGAGUGUCACAAUAGAAACAAAAAGAAUAUGAUUUCUCACGGUUCGGUACAAAGGUGAUUAGAAGCCCCCACGGGGUAACUCAGCCUUUGUGUAUUCCGGUGUACCAGUGCAAAGCUCAGCAUCCACAGGUUCCAGAAAACAGCACGGGAGCUUCGUUAGGAAGAACUGCAGCGGGAGAUGGGAAGGGGAGUGAAAUCAGAGUAGUUUUGUUCAACUGUGAAUUGGCUUGCAGCCUUUGCAAGGUUAACCGAGCUAUUGCAAAGUCACGAAGAAAUUGAUGGGUUCUGUUAGAGUUGAACAUCUGGGAAAGCAUGAAGUGGUUGAUCCUUGCGUAAAUUCAGGAAACUGCUUCCUCCUUGCCAGCACGUGUACGAGGCCAGAUGUCCACCUCAUGUCAACCUUGUGGUGGACAGGCAUUAGAGAAGUCCUUGCAUUGCUUUGGCAUGUUGCAAGGAACCGCGAACGGAGACACUGAAACCGCGUUCUUACGGCACCUGCAGCGCGGCUCUGAUCCAGCAAGGCACUUUAGGUACGUGUUAGAGUUACUCCUGUGCUGAGUCCUGCUGAUUUCUCCCGGAACUCAGUGCUUGGCUCCCCAGGCACGUACUGGCGUGCUCUGCUGGAUCAGGCCCAAGCGACUACUAAGUGACGGUCCCCUGCAGUCCUGCAGGAGGGCUCCAGCCGCAGGGGUGUCUGCAGGCUCCCUGUGGAGGUGGGAGCAGGUGUCGCUGGAGCUGCCAAACUUGCUGACCUCUGGGUGUGCCCUUGCUCCCUGCUCCUGCUGAGGGUUGUGUUUCUCUUCACAAUAAUUUGCUUAUUUUGUAAAUAUACAACUUGUAGUACUUAAGUUUUUUUAAUCUCUGUACAUAGUUGCUUGUUGUGGGAUGCACUUGUAAAUAUUUUACCCAGCUAACAAGUACAGAUGGCUAAUUUUGUGGAUAGUGUUUACAAAAGUAGAUGUACUACUUCAAAGAAAAAUGCUAUUUGACACUUACAUUUAGGCAAUCACCAGUGAUGCCAGGUUCCUCUUGAAAUUGAGAUUUCACGGCCAGAGAUAUUUGUACCUGGUGUUUUUAAAAUAAGCUGAAUUAGAAAUAAUUUUGUCCGAACUUUUUACGUAGGCACAAAUUUUCAACCCCAGCUGCCUAAAUGUGGGCUUAAGAGCCCUGCUCAUGGCAUCUGGGGCUGUAAAAUUUUAGCCAGUCAUCAUCUGGAGUAUGUUUUUUAUUGCCGAAAAUUUACUGGUUCCAUUAAGCUGCUUUUCAACCUCUGGAUCAGUUGCUGUUUCCCAAACUAAAGCUUUUUGCAUGUGCUUUAAAGCCAGUUGUUAACUGGUGUUUAAAUUUCAACUGGUGUGGAGGAAGCGAGAAACGAGGGGAAACCCUUUCUGGUUUGUUCAUGUGAUCUGGGAUUUUUUUGUUCGAAUAGAGACCAAUUUCUUCUUUUCCAGGCAAAGUUACUGCGCUGUUCUCAGCCGUGCUGCACGUUCCAGCCAUCCGCAGCACCCCCUGUCCCUAGAGGGCUCAUUUUGUCUGGGAAGGUUCACACCCCGCGUAAAGAUGACUAUGCAGAACCCAAACAACAGCCUGCUUUCCUUCAUCAUCUUAAUUUAUUGCUCUUAGUUUAGGAAAUUACAGCAACGUUUUUAGAUUUGGUUUAACCUUUGAAAUCUCUCUACUCGCAAUAGGACUAGCAGGUCAGGGCUGGAGGACUUUGCUGUAGUGAAAUAAUAAUAAAAAAAUACAACUCAGUAUAGUUGGCAACUCUAAUCUAUUUGCUUCACGCAUCGUAUUUUUUCUUUCCCCCCCACCCAACCCACUUCUUGAUUUUAUGUAUAUUUGUGUAAUUUGUCUUUCUAGAGCUGUAUCUUCAAAAUUAUUUCUUUUGGUGUAAAUAUACGGUAGCAUUUUAGGUUUCUACAUGUUUUAUUUUAACGGGAAAUGCUUUGUGUUCUAAGCCAUGGGCCGUUCAGAAUAAGGAAACAGAUGUUUGUUCAUUUGUGUUCCAGUUCUGAUUCUCUUAAGUUCUCCUUCGAUAUUUAUUAGCAAUCCUCUUCCUGGUCACGGAAUCCCACGGAGCUUGCACUGGGAGGUGAGCAAAGCCUUCGUGUCAUUUUGUGGCCAGAAGCGUGUGGAGGAGGGGAGGAAAAUGGUGCUUCAGCAAAACUCAACGUUUCUGCUCUUCCGGGGUUAUUCAUUCCCGGGCAAUGGUUUUGCUAAUUCUUACGUGAUUUUAAUAGAUACAUGAAGGAGCCCUUGGUUGUGUACUUCUCAAGUAUUGUUCCCAAAGUGCAUUUGCUAGUUUUUAUUGUGUGUUCGGUGGCUAACUGUUUGAAGUAUUACCUCUUAACCUUAUUUGUCGAUUUUUUUUUUUUGGGGUGUUUUUGCAUUUUGUUUUAUAUAUAUAAAUAUAUAUAUAUAUUCAAUUUUCCAAGAUGGACUCGGUCUUUUUCAGAUGUCCCCUUUUUACAAGUACUUUUUCAUUAAAUUAUGAAACUGCUAACAGUA